UGCCAUAGCAGCGGGAAGUUGGUUGUCCUGUCUCCAACCAUGGACAAUCUGAACCGAGGCUUCGCAGCGGUACAACCGGCUGCAGGUCGUGAUUUUGCCGGUAACGAGAAGGAGCAGGGGCCGGAUGUACGAACAGUGAACCGACAGAGUCCCGGUACCCGUGUGAGGGAGCUCCAGGUGACCGGGACAGCGGAGGUGUGUUGCCCGGCGGACAGAGCCUCUGUCCGGGUGAGUGUGGGCAGCACCAAGGAGUCAGUGACCGAGGUGACCAACAGCGUGUCACGGAGACUCGAGUACAUUUUACAGUCUCUCAGGCAACAUGGCAUCAGUGAGACAGAUGAUUCAGUGAGGAGGUUUCUCUCCAGAGAGGAGGACCUGUAUCGCCUGGAUGCAGAGGUAGUGGUCACCUUCUCAGACUUUGAGAAGAUGGAGCAGUUUUGCAGUGUCCUGCUGGAGAAGCUGGACAAGAGUGUCUGUGUGGGAACGCCAAAGUUCUACCACAGUGCAGAGUGCCUGGGUCAACUGAGGAAGCAAGUGUGUGUAUCCGCAGUUGAAAAUGCUCAGCAGAAGGCCAGGGAAAUCAGUCAGCUGCUGGGACAAAUGCUGGGAAACCCUGUGCUGGUCAGAGAGGACGAGACAAGGGAGUGGAGGAUUGAGGAUGAGGAGAAUGGAGGCAGAGGACACAGCGCUCUACCCACAAUCACAGCCUCCUCGCGGGUGUCCGUCUACUUCAGCCUCAAAGACAGAAGCAGGAAAAACUUCUAAAAGACACUUGUCAUUCACUCAUGAAACCAAAGAGCUCACUGUCACACUUUAACACUUUUUAUUGCAUAGUUGCAGUAGAUUCAAGGUGCAGUAGUCAACACUGUCAUGUACAUUGGAAAAAAUAUAUAUACAGCUGAUUUUCUAAAUAAUUGGUCACAUCUCAAGUAUUUAUCACCAGUAUCUUUUACCUUUAACACGCCAAACAUUCAAUUAUGUAUUUUCAAAACCAACGAAAGAGAUUUAAAUUCUACAUUUGAUCAUAACACCUGAACACAACCUCUGUGAUUGGCCUCAGAAGGAAGGAAAUGAAAGCCUCAGCUGGAUGGAUCAGAUCUUUGAGAGCAAGCAGUCAGACAUCGCUGACCUCGUCUUCAGGGAAGAGCUCUCUAAGCCAGGGCUGCAUGAUGAACCGCUCACCAUCAAAAUCUGUGAAAUAAUUCUCCAAGGUGGGGACGUCCGGCUGGAAACAUCCAACAGUGAGUCCAGGACAAAGUUAGGUGUGUCUGAUUGUGUGUUUUGUGUUGUAAAUUCCAGUAACGUGUUUCCAGUACUUACCUUCAUCCCAGUGAUACGCUCCAGUUGUGUCUGAGGCAAAUAUGCAAUUAGCAGAGAGGUGGGUCCAGGUCCGCUGAACAGUACCUUGUAAUGGGGUGUCCUCUCUGCUGUGAUGCCCUGCACACACACGCACACGCAUUCACAGAACUCCUUGAACUGGCUGAGUUUUAGGUUCUCAACAAAGUGUGUGUCCAACAUAACAUCGUGGAGAGUAAAAGUUUCAGCGGCUAACCUCAAGACCAGAAUACAUCCUCUUGAUCCACUCUGCAGGGGCUCGCAGUUCAGGGUCCCAGCUCACCACCACCCCGACCAUGUGACCCUUCCUCUCCAUCACCACCUCGCCCACUCGUAGAAACACAAACGGAGGCCGGGGGCUGCGCACUGUCGUGGAUGCUGUAGAAAUGAAGACAAAAAAAAAAAGAGAGAAUGGUGUGAGACAAAUUUUCACUUGAACAUAGGAGAUAAUUAAAAAAUGUUCUUGAAGAUAGUCAGGGUAGCAUUGCAUCAGAUGUGUUUUAGAUUUUUGUAUGUUUAUUAUGUAUUUUUUCUUUUGUUACAAACUAAGAGGUUUUGCACAAUUCAUAGUUUUGUAUGAGCUAUAAGACUAAAUAAAGCCUAUUUUUAAAUACAAA